AUGCAAGUCGACUACGAUGUGCCCAUUCACACCAACUCCGAAACGACUCAAGAGACCUUGCUCACCAUGAACUCAACAAAUGUCACCGUGGAAAAGAUAUUCUCACCGAGUUCUUCGGCGGAUAACAAUGGACCCUUUCGUGCUGUUGACGAGAACGCCUUGAUCUUCGAAUUUUGCCGUGGAGGGAACCUUGAUGGUGUGAGGUCGCUAUUUAAGAGAAACGAAGGUUCGCCGUGGGACCGCGAUCCAAAGGGUCAAACACCAUUAUUUGUAGCCUCUCAAUGUCUGCAAUUGGAUGUUGCGAAAUUUCUUCUGCAAGAAGGCGCUGAUCCUCAUGUGAGAUGUUGGAACCGUCACGAGUAA